AUGGCCGAGAAACAUUCCAUCGAGGAUCUACAACCCCCCGAGGCAAACAGCCUGUCGGUUGGCGAUAGCGACUCUCGAGCAGACGAUGCGAGCGACUAUGAGCUGACUGGAAUUUCCUUAGUCCUGGUCAUUACUGGACUUGGCCUUUCUAUAUUUCUCAUGUCACUAGACUCGUCUAUCAUUGCCACGGCUAUUCCCCGGAUCACAUCAGAAUUCAAUAGCACCGGUGAUAUUGGCUGGUAUGGAAGUGCAUACUCGUUUGCGAUGUGCGCUUUACAGCCGACUGCAGGUAAACUGUUUGCAAGCUUUGCGAUGAAGACCAUGUUCCUCGGAUGUCUUGCCGUCUUCGAGUUUGGUUCAUUGCUCUGCGCCCUUGCUGUGAACAGUCCCAUGCUCAUCGUGGGGCGUGCUAUAGCUGGAAUUGGGGCAGCAGGAUGCUUUACAGGAGCCUUCUGUAUUGUCGCAGUUUCCAUCCCGAUGGUCAAGCGACCCUUCUAUAUUGGAAUCCUUCAAUCAACCUUUGGCAUUGCUACCAUCAUCGGACCUGUAUUAGGUGGUGCAUUCACUGAGCAUGUGAACUGGCGGUGGUGUUUCUGGAUCAAUCUCCCUAUCGGCGCUGUCACCAUCCUCUCACUGGUCUUCUUCUUCAAACCACCUACGCGCGACUCAACCAAAGCUCCGUCGGUUCUUCGCCGACUGCAGAACUUGGACUUGCUGGGCGCUUCUCUUUUCGCUCCGGCAAUCAUCAUGAUCUUUUUGGCUCUCCAAUGGGGAGGGACCGAACACGCUUGGAAGAGCGCGACCAUCAUUGGUCUGUUCAUUGGAGGAGCAGGUCUCGGUGUUGUCUUUGCCCUCUGGCAAAUACGAAAGGGUGACGAUGCCAUGAUUCCACCACGUCUGAUCACCGACCGCACGAUGUUCUUCUCCUGUUUCAGCGAGUUCUUCGCCAUGGGCGCCGUUUACAUUUCGAUCUACUACCUUCCAGAAUGGUUCCAGGUCAUCAAAAUCGCCUCGCCAACGAAAUCUGGACUCAUGUACCUCCCCUUAGCACUGUCAGAUGUCCUCUCUGCAACCCUGACAGGCGCCUCGCUUAAGUAUCUUGGAUACCCAAAUCCCUAUAUGCUCCUUGGAACGGGGUUGAUGAGCAUAGCAACAGGACUCUUCUCUACCUUCUCCCAAAGCACUCCCCACCAGCAGUGGAUCCCAUUCCAAGUCCUCCAGGGUCUCGGUGUGGGAAUGACCCUCUCAAUGCCCUAUGUUGCGACACAAAUUGUCCUCAAGCCUGAAGAUAUUCCUGUCGGUACCUCAUUACUGCAAUGCUUCCAAUUCUUCGGGGCUUCCGUGAACCUCGCCAUCGCGGAGGCAAUCUUUGAGAACAAACUUGUCUCGCGACUGGAAAAUUGGGGAUUUGAGGGCCACGAGAUAGAGACCAUUCUCAGUGCAGGCUCCGCCGAAGCAAGGACCGUGGUUUCUGCAGCGCACCUUCCAGGCGUGCUAGAUUCAUACAAUUACGCGAUCACCAGGACGUUCUACGUCGCAACCAGUGUUGCCGCUGUUGCAUUCCUCCUUUCACUUGCGAUCCCCUGGAGGAGUGUCAAGCCAAAACAUCAGGCUGCUAUCGCUGAUGAGGGGGCUAGGUCGUCAAGUCAGUAG